AUGUCAAGUUUACAAGUAGAAUCAGUUUAUCAAAAGUCUUCUAUAAACCCAACCACGGCUGAAGCAUUAAAGACUGUCAUCUCCCAGAGUACAGAGUGUCCAGUGUGUCUUUCUACAUUCACCGAUGACAAGAUCCUGUCUUGUUCUCACACUUUCUGCAAGACUUGCCUGGACAACCUCUUAGAGUGCCAAUGCAACUGCCAGAUCCGAUGCCCUGUCUGCAGAGCUGUGACACAGGUCCCAAACCAAGAUGUCGGCAAACUACAGGUAAAUCUUGCUUUGAAGAGUCUGAUAGAGGAUAUGGAGGGCCAUCCUCAGAUUUGCACAAAUUGUAAAUCCAAUGACAAGCCCAAUGCUGAUGUCUACUGCCAAGACUGUGGCAAGUAUCUCUGCACAUCUUGUCUUAAUACGCACUCUCAAUGGGAAGACUUUAUCGAUCAUGAAGUCAUUGCCAUGAGUGAGAUCUCGUCAGGAAAGGUUUCAGUUCGUAAAUACCGUAAAUGCAGGAAACAUCCAAAAAAAGAUGAGGGUUGCUUCUGUUCCAGCUGCAGGAGAUUCACAUGCUUCAGGUGUGUUGUUAUGGAACAUACGGGGGAAGGACACAAGGUCAUCGAGGGAGCAGCUUACGAGGACAAACACAUGAAGAACAUCGAAGACCUGAAAUCAAAGGUUGACAAGCAACAGUCAUGCUUUCAGAAGUACAUUGAUUUCAUUGAUGAGCAGAGGAAGAGUGUUGACAAUGCUAAGAAACAGUGUACAAGUGACAUCAACAAAGCAUAUGAUGAUGCGGUCCGGCAGUUGACAGAGAAGAGAGAAAGUCUACUAAGAGAAGUCAAGGAAACGACCGAAGGAGUAGAGAAAGAACUGGAAAGCAUGAAGACCACGGCUCAGAAGCACAUCAAUCAGUUAACGACCAUGGCUGAAAUGGUGAUUAACAAAACAAAGAUUCCAUUAGAUAUGGAUACUUUGGCUGCACACGACACUCUGUGUGAAGAGUUACGAGAGGUUUUUGAUCAAAAGGAUCCUGACUACGAGCAGCCGAAGAAAUCGGGCAUAAAGGGGAAAAGUGUCAGGUUCAAGAGAAAUGUUGGAGUUGAUGAGCUAGGCCUUGGAAAGAUUGUUAAUGUAAUUUUUAAUGUAAAGAACGUUGCUUUGCCAGCUAAGAGAAGCAUGCAUGCCAUGGUUAUUACACCAGACGGUAGAAUGGCAGUAGGAUAUAGUACAGGUGGCAUCUCCAUCUUCUCUCCUGAUGGUCAGCUUCAGCAGACAGUUCUGAAGGAUGUUAAGAUUGAUGGGGUAGGGUUCCUCUCUGAUAGUCGAUGUGUUGUGAUGGAUAAUUCAAACAACAUCACACUGUACACACCAGAGUACACACAAUUGAAUGUAAUGUUUAAGACUCUGAGUCGAUAUAAAGGUGUGUUUUCUGAUCUCACUGUUGAUGGUGAUGAUCAGAUCUAUCUGAUCUAUGUGAGCUACUUGGAUGCCAGCAAGAUCCUGGUAUUUCAAACAUCAGGUGGGCAAGCAGUCAGGGAGAUACCAUGCAACGGGUAUGAACCUCGGCAAAUCACUAGUAACCAAGGUUCUCUUAUCACUUCAUCGGGGGAUGCUAUCAGAUUGAUAGACAAACAGGGUGCUGUAAAGAAACCGGGUAGCAAACUGUACGCUGCCAUAUCUCAAUGGAAUACAAUUCUGAUAGCCAAGGUGAAGCGGGGUGAAGGUUUGAUGAGCAUUGACGAGUAUACAAAUGAACUAAGGCAUAUCCGAAAUCUUGUUAAUGAUUACAAGAUUAAGAAGCAUUUGUUAUAUUAUUACCUCCAGCAGUACCGAUCAGGAGAGAUCGCUUUCUGCACUCGGGAUAGUCUCUAUAUAUUCCGCUGA